GAUCUGAAAAGUAGAAUAUGUAUGUAAUUAUGUAGCUCAAAUAUCCACGACUUGUAAUGCUUGCUGCCCUCUGUCAACACGUGUCUACCACGCACGGAGGCCGUGAAUACAGUGUACACGUGUGCGUGCCUAGCGCGCGCGCUUUUGCACAGAAUAAAAAGACAAGCAUGCAAGAAGCACUUUGAAGAAUCCAACGCUGUAGUUGUACUGCUACUGGUGGCCCAGUCAGCGUAAGUACUUUUUUAGCGUCCAUUUAAUUUCAACAAGGCUUGCCUUCACUUUCAACUUAUUGAAAUCAAGGUGAUUCUCGUCCUGUGUACUGAGGCCCAUCAUCAGUAAUAUGACGAAUUACGAUUCUGAUCCUGUGGCGGCUUUCCAGAAGGUUGAAACGUACAAGGAAACUUUGAGAAAGAUCCCUAAAGAUGGAGUGCUUCUCGGCGAGAUCAUAAAGGUCAAAUCGAGCCGAUGUCGGCAUGUCCUGAACCUCCUUGACAGUCUUGAGAGAAUGAUCGAGCCAAGGGCCUUCUGCUGUGGUGGCUGGGUUGAUCUGAUCCAAAACGAUGCUGACGCCAGACUCCUAAUGCAUGCAGAUGAGAAAAAUCAGUUUGGAUGGCCAAUCACCCAACUUCCUGUGGAAGAGCUCCUUGAGUUCUGCACUCUGGCUCCUUACGGAGAUCUUGACAAGCAGGAGACUGUAUACAAUCCAAAUGUGCGUCUGGCAUCUGAGUGCGAAGCCACCAAGUUCAAGUUUGCAAGAUGGAAGAUGGAAGCCCCUUCUCUUCAGGAACUGGCUGAAUACAACCCGGAUUUUCUUCGCAUCAUCAGGAGCGACGUGAGUGGCUCUCUUGCAAAUGAGGAGGAUGUCACUCUAGAGUGCUACAAAUUAAAUGUCUACAGCACUGGGGGCUUCUUCAGUGCUCACGUUGACACGCCUGUCGACGCAGCUGGUAUGAUUGGGACGGUGGUUGUGUGCUUACCUUGCCCACACACCGGAGGAGAGCUAAUUGUCAAGCACAAUGGAGCCAAGGAAGAGUUUUUCUUUGCCAACCUGUCCGCGGAUCAGGGAAAGAUUCAGUGGGCUGCCUUCUUCUCUGACUGCGUGCAUGAAAUCCUGCCGGUAAAGUCAGGACAUCGUAUCACUGUCACCUAUAACAUCAUCCGAAAGAAACCCAGUUAUUCUGAAAGCAGCUUUAGCCAUUGUAGAAUUCAAAACUUCUUCACAUGGCCGGAGAUCAAAGCCGAUCAGAAUGCAGCCUUAGACAACAUUGUUGCAGAUGUCUUGAAAAUUGCCCAGAAGAGAAAUCUAGAGCAAUUGGGCAUAUUCCUGCAGCACAAGUACACCAUGUCGGCGCUGGCUGAGGGGAACCUCAAGGGCUUGGACCAGGUCCUGUGCGAUGGUCUGGCCUCCAGAGGUCUGACCUGUCACCACCUGACAGUCCUUGUACACGAAACGGAGAAAGUGUCCGAUGAGUACGACGAGAUAUCGGAUGAAUAUGAUGAGAGCGGCGUCUAUGCCUUCAGCCGAGAGGACAUGCUGUACGUGAACAAUGAAGGACCCAAACCUCAGCACGCAGCGUGGAAGAAGAUGGAGUUCAUCAAAGACUGGAGCAAGGGCAAGGUCCUGGUAGACAGGAAGGAAACAGAAGCGGAGAACUGCGGAAACUACACCGAGCCAGGAGAAGUGGAUCAGCUCUACUUCCAGGCUACCGUCAUCAUUGACAUCCCUGAGAGAUCUGAUGAGGAGCCAACGGGUAAAAAGGGUGGAGGCUCUACCUCGGGCCAUGGUGAUGAUGCUGAUGAGGAAGAAGAUGAGGACAACGAUGAAGAAGAUGAUGAAGAAGAAGAUGAGGAAGACGAUGAGGAAGAUGAUGAGGAAGACGAUGGAGAAAGCCCAAGGAGGAUAAAAAGAGCCAGGAUCAUUGCAAGGGGCCCUCCAGCUUCAGAGUAACCUUGGUACCUCAUAUUGAGGCUUUAGUGCAGUGAUUUAUUUGAAACAUACACUACUAACAUCUGUCUGCCUCUGUCCUGAAUAUGAUAUAAUUUACAAAUGCAAACAUACCAUCUUGAAAAACAUGAUUUUUGUUAAAUCAGAAAGGAAGCAACUGAAUUGCAUAGACCAUUCUUUUUUAGUAUUGUUUGAUAAAGUGGGGACAUCUUUUAUUUAACAUAGUAAUAUCUUGGCCCAAACUCUCUAUAUUCGCUGAAAAUUACUCUAGGGUUGUAAAUGUGAUUUUGGUGAAUUCAGAACUGAAUGGGUAGAUCACAGUCUUUAUCACCUAAAAGAGACCUGAUUUUUGUUUGAAAACAGUUUAAGCAAGUCAUAACAACUGAUUUGAUUGCAACAUUUGGGAAGUAUCCUUGAAAGAGUGCCGUGAAAGUUACUGUUGAAAGAUACAAGUUUUUCACCAAUUUAAAGUAAUUGUGCUCAUGCAGAAUGUCACUUGAUUCCACCAAGCAAAACUUUGAAAGAAGCUAAAAUUCAUUUUGAAUUUAGUCUUGUUACAAUUUUUUUUACAAUCAUAGAUAUGUUUUUACUAUUGUUAUUAAAGAAAUUGUUGUUUACAUUUUGUAAAAUCCUUUGAAAAUCUUUUCAAUGAAAAGAUAAAAACCAACUAGUGGGUUUUUUAUUUAAUGUAUUCGUGUUAAUGAAAAUGGGGAGGACAUUUAAAGAGGCCAGAAAAGGGACUUUUAAAAUUGAAGAAAUCUUCCACUGUAAAGAUAAACGUUGACACUUGUUAACAUGUUAAAGUGCAUGCUUGUUAUGUUUUAGGUUACUCUUUGUAAAAGUUGUUAGACUAAUUGCAUGUGUAUUACAGGCAUUAGGUAAUAGUAGUAGUGACAGGAGACUAUUAGAACAAGCUUGAUAAUGUUUUCCUUUUUCAGACAAGUUCUGGAGACUGAUUUUGCAAUUAACUGUUAGAAAAUUACGUUAAGAUUAGAAAUAACUGUGAUAGGCCUAUAUAUUCUAUUAUAAGCUUUCCGUCAAAUUGCCGGGAUGAAAGCAUCUAAAGUAGUGCUUCCAUAUUCCACGUUUAAAAAACAACAUACAUCUCAAAUUGUUUGAAUUGAA